CGUUUUUUUCGCGCGUCAAUCAUCUUUUUUCCCCUCUCCUUUUUUCCCCUCAUCUCUUUCUCUCCCACUUUUUUUUCUUUCAAAAUUCGUCCCCUUCAGCGCGACGAAGUGUCGACGAGUGUCGCGAUCACGUGCCGGUCGCCCAAAUUUCGAAUCCCUCACGUCGGCGCCGCUCGCCGAUCGAAGCCGAUCUCUCGGAAUCAGCCGGGAUCGCGAGAGAUCGUACUGCGAUCGCGGUUUCUCGAGAAUUUCUCGAGAAUCCAAGCAAUCGCGGCCGACGAUCGCGAGAGAUCGGCAACGGUUCGAAGUCGCGAUCGUCCCCGCGCGCGCGAGAUCUCAUCCCCUUUUCUUCUAAUCAUCGAUGAUACGAGCUCGCGCGUAAAUUGACUCCAACUUUAGAAUCUAAAUAUAAACGGCGACGUUUUUGCGGUACGAAUGCUUGAAAGGUCGGGGAGGAAGGGGAGAGGGGUCACGCCUCGCCGAAAAUCUCCGGCCGGAAAAUUUAAUCGGCCCUAAUGAGCCGCGAAAUGUCAACGAGCUGACGUCGGUGACGUUGCGGGACGCGACAGUGACGAUUAUUAUUUCGCAAGGGGGAGGACCGAUCGUCAUUAUAUUUAAUACGUGCGUCGGUCGGUCAAGCGCGACCAUUUUGCGCGGAGCUACAAAAGUGUUAAAAAUUAGCAUUUUAUUGAUUGCAAUAAGUAUACCGUGUGCUCUCCGCGCGCGCGUGUGUGUGUACGCUGUAUUACACACACACACACACACACACACACACACACACACACCACACACACAUACACACACACAUACACACAAUAUAAGCGACUACAUCUAUAAAUACAAUCGGAAAUGAGGGCCGCGUCCGCGGUGAAGCGACGUCAGGGAGAUGACGUCGCGCGGAAUAAAUUACGUCGACCGAACGGACGUGGGGCGUGAGGAAGAAGAAGAGGAAACAAAAAAAACGAUUUUUUUUCGUAAAUAAACAAGGCGUCCAUUUCCCAACUGCCAUCCCGACGACAUUAUGUUCGCAAAAGCUAGGUUAAUUGUCUAUCGAGACAUGCCGCGCAAGGAUAUGACGAUCGAGAGAUAAGAAAUGACGAACAUAAUGACGAAAUGAUAACAGUAAUAAAAAUAAUGUUCAACAAAUAACACGGUAUCGUCGGAGGACAAAUUUUCCAAAAUGGUCUGUGCUACAUGUGUCAAAAGACUGGAAGGUGUACAUCGUUUCGCGAUGAUGGCGUAUCGUACCCAGGAGAAGUUGAGAUCACAGCUUUAUGGUAACAUUGACAAUACAAAUCCUGUACAAGAUGACGAGAUACAGAGUAUUAAAGAUAUACAAGAUAUCGGAAAGAAAACGGAGGAUCGAGGGCUAUUACAUUCGAUAUUGACAAAGGGUGCAAUAGAAAUUUUAACCGAGGACGAGCCGUUGGGACCAUCGGAAUCAAAUUCCCAAGAGGACAAACGUUGUACUCCGAGCAUGGAAGAAAUGGAGGUGAAAGUAGAUCCAAUGCUAUUUUUACAGUGCGGUAUGGAACAGUCUGCAUCUGAAGCUUCAGAUUCUUCAGAUAACGAGGAAGAGAUAACAAGGACGCAUACGCCGGAGCCAUUACCUUUAACCAACAAAAAUUCUGAAAUGGAGGAGGAAGACGAAGAGAAGAAAGAUGAAAGUGAAUAUAAAUCACAUGAAGACAGCAGGAAAACUGCAUCGGCAAAGCCACACGAAUGUACGAUAUGCGCCCGAUCUUUUGUAUCACAAAUCGGUUUGCAAAAUCACUUGUGGUCGCAUUUACCCAGAGAGAGAAGAUUCGACGGAAAGCCUAUUUCACAAUCCCAUCAUGUUUAUUCUACGAAUGGUGUGCUUCAUACGAACAGUGAUAACAAUUCGUCCAGCAAUUUUAUCUGUCCAAUCUGCAGUAAAAAGAUUUCUACAAAGGGAAAUUUGAAAGUGCAUUUAGAGACUCACAGGCCUAAAGGAAAGUACGGCUGCGACAUAUGUGGAAGAAUUUUCAAAACUCAAUCGAAUCUAUUUAGACACAAGGAGUAUCACGGCGGCGUACAGUUUCCGUGUACCGUGUGCGGAAGAGUGUAUCCAACGAAUUCGACGUUACGCGCCCACAGCAUAACGCAUUCGGACUUGAGACCACACGCAUGCCCGCUUUGUGAUAAGACAUUUAAACGAAAUCAGGAUUUAAAAUUCCACAUAAAUCAGCACACGGGUGCGAGGCCUUAUCAGUGUCCUUACUGUCCGAAAGCUUUCGCGAGCUCCGGCAAUUGUUUUUCACAUCGUAAAAGAAUGCAUCCCCGGGAGGUCCAUCGGGAUCGACAGAGAGCGGCGGAUUUAAUGAGAUGAACCAUGGGCAGUCAAUACGAGGACUGGUCUUAGAAUUUCAGACGAAUGUUCUGCCGAGAUGAUCAUUUGUUGAUCAUGUAUUCGUAUCUGUCGUAAUGUAAACCCUUUAUUUCCAGAGUUUAACGGUGCUAAGGUACGAAAACGGAAAAAUUUUGUAUGUUUUAUUCUUAAAUUAUUUAUAUACAUUUAGCAUUAAGUAUGUUGUUGUUGGUAUUGUAUAUUUUGUUAGUUAUUUAUUGAAUACGUAUGUCUUUCUACUGUCUGAUAGAAGAUGUUUGUUAACAUGAGAUAUUGGUGAACUUCCAUUAUUGUUAGUAAGCUUAGUGUUGAAGCUUUACUACGGUAUAGCAAACAAAGUAAGUUUGAAAUUUCAUAGCCAGAUUUAAGUAUUGAUAUUUCUACUCUUGUUUUUUUACUACAUAUUAAUGCAAUUUAUACACAUGAUUUUAAUGGUAGGAGAUAAUAAUUGUUAAAUGUUACUAGGAAUACAAUAUGAUUGUAUUAUUGUAAAUUAUUAUUAUUAUGUACUUUUGAAAUUAGUUAACACAUCUAAAUCUAAUAGAUUCUGUUACAUAUUAGCACAUUUUAUUUUUGUGAUAAAAAUGUCCACACACUGCCACAUUUUUGCGCAUAUCUCUUAAUUUUUUAAUUUUUGUAAGAUGUAAAACAGUAUUAAAGUAGAUAGUAGAAAUUACAUAAUUUGUGUGUGUGUGUGUGUGUGUGUGUGUGUGUGUGUGUGUGUGUGUGUGUGUGUGUGUGUGUGUGUGUGUAAUGUACUUCCAAAAAAGUUUAGUCAAAUAUAUCAUAAAACUAACUCUAUACUCUAUAUGACAUUAUGUUGACAACUCUGUGAUAAUUGUAUUGGUACUUGUCAUUUUAUACUGGUUAUGAAAUUUAUAACUUACCAUAUAAUAAGAAUACUAUUCUACAAGUGUAGAUUAUACAUGAUCGUAGUGUUAUUCAGACAGUGACGAAGAUUCUAAAGAACAACUUAUUUUACUCACAGCGAUUGAGAAAACAGAUAAUUCACAGAGAACUUUAUACGGAAUAUACGUAUCGACCAAAAAGCGAAAAAAGAAAAUUUGUGAAAAGAGGAAAAACAGAGUUUUGUAGUCUGUGACAUAUUUUUAGCACAAUACAAACAUCAUCGUAAAUGUUAAGACUGUAUACGAAAAUUAUGUGUCAAAUUAGAUAACUUUAAGAACGGACAAGACCGAAUGUUGAAACACAAGUCUAGUCGUCUGGCAGUAUUAAUUAUCAAUAAGCAGGACGUGUAUAGACGCCGUAGUCGAUAUUACAAAUACAACCGUGACGUUAUUCUUAUAAGCGAGAUAUAUGAGAUAAAUGUUAAACAGAAGUCUGAGUAGUUUUUAGGAUAUAGUUAAGUUAGCUAAAUAGAUAGUUCGUGUAAACGUAGAUAAUAGUCCGUGCUUCCGUAUACAUUCGCACAUGUGCUAAAACAGAUCGCAAAAGGUAUAAAUAGUGAGCAUUACAGGCCCUGAGAAAGAAACGAGUAAUACAUACAACAGUCAGUACACACAAACAAUAAGUAGCUCGUACUACGUAUUGCAGAGAAAGAGGAAAACUACAUGUGUAAUCACAUUAUAUUAAUGCAGCAUUAUUAGCUCAUAGAGAUACAAGCGUGUAUUUUGUGAUUACGUUUUUCCGGACCGCUUGCCGACAUAUAUAUUAUAUACACAGACACUUAUAGAUAACAAUAAAAAAUAGUGAUUAUAUAUAUAUAUAAAAAUAAUCAAUUUUUGACAAAGAAAGAGCAUAUCCUAGUGCUCGCGGCUCAAUCGUCGUCAUUCAUGCAUUUUAGACCUUAGAGAAUCAAAAAUUGAGUAUUUUUCUAAAACCGACACGCCAAAGACACAGUCCUAGCAAUCGAGAUUAGUAAUUAACAAUAAUUCAGAAGUGCCAGUUGUGUAAUGCAGAAAAUUAACAUAGCGUAUUUAGCAGCAGACAAAUACCAUGGAGGAACAUUCUGUAGAGUUAAUAAAAAAUACACCAUCUGUGACGUAUAUAUGAAAUAAAUUAAUUGUAUAAAAUUAGUCGAAUUUACAUCCCGCAUAUUUAUUUAUUUGCAUAAAGAGAAGAGAUAAAUACAUGUCAUU